GUGCAAGGAAGUACUCCUUGGCUUUGGCUUCUUGUUAGUGCUCGAGAGUGCGUCUCGUGGUGGAUUUGUUGGUGGUGGUGAAAGCCGCGGCAUGCAGCGUCCCGGCAGCGGGUUUGUUGCUUGCGUCGUUCUGUGGACGAUUUUUCUUCAGCACACGGAUGCCGAUUGGUGGCAGCUUGGCUUUUCGAAUAUUAUGACAAACUCAGUGGAGUUAACGACGGCUGAGCAUAUAGAUCGUUGCAUGAAAUUGGAUUAUUUUGUGGAACCUCAACGUCAACUCUGUGCUAGAUAUGACAAAAUUUUACCGAUUUUAGGGAAUAGUGCUCGACUGGCUAUAGAAGAAUGUCAGAAUAUAUUCUCGUACAGUCGAUGGAACUGUACCACAUUCAUAGAAAAAAACAAUACGUUUGGAAAUGUUGCUACAAUAAGAAGCAGAGAAGCAGCUUACCUCUCAGCGAUUUCAGCAGCCAGUGUCGCUUAUGCUGUUACCAGAGCAUGUUCGAAAGGUGAAUUAGCUGAAUAUUGUUCUUGUGAUAAUAAAAUAAAGAAACGGAAAACGCAGAAAUUCAAAUGGGGAGGUUGUUCCGACGACAUCCGAUAUGGUGAAAACUUCAGUAAACAGUUUUUGGAUAUACGAGAAGAUCCCAAUACUGCUUUGGGACUUAUGAAUUUGCACAAUAAUGAAGCGGGCAGACGUAGUGUCCGCUCCAGAAUGCAGCGUACCUGCAAAUGUCACGGAGUCUCCGGGUCCUGCAGCAUGCAGAUCUGCUGGAGACGACUACCUCCUUUCAGAAAAGUCGCCGAGGGCCUCUUCCAAAGGUACGAGGGCGCCUCGCAUGUUAAAUUUGUCGAGAGGCGUAGGAAAAAAUUGAAGGCAGUAAGUCCGGAUUUGAAGAAGCCCAUCAGGACUGAUCUGGUUUAUUUGGACGACUCACCGGAUUAUUGUGAAAAAAAUGAGACAUUAAAUAUCCUCGGUACUCACGGAAGGAUCUGCAAUCGAACGAGCCAUGGAAUGGACGGUUGUCGUCUUCUGUGCUGCGGAAGAGGCUACCAAACUAGAGUAAGGGAGGUGGAAGAAAAAUGCAACUGCAGGUUCGUCUGGUGCUGCAACGUUGUAUGUGAUAUUUGUAGGUCGAAACGGGAAGAGCACGUAUGCAACUAGAUCUAAUCUGAAAUUUGUGUAUAUUUGAUUUUUGACUGAUGAUAAACAAUAGCGUAAAUGUUAGUGAAAUGUUGACGAUUUAAGCAUUAAAAUUUUCAGGGUUUCCUUAGUUUCAUAUUUUUUCAUUUUGUAUAGUUUAGGACUAGCUUACGAUAUACUCUUUCCCUCUUUUUCCUAACGUUGCUCUUUUGAUAUUUUACAGAAGAUUUACAGCAAUGCCUGAGAUAGUUUAUAGUAUUAUUGAAACAUUCACCAACACAGCUUUUCACAUUUUAUAAAGGGCUCAAGGUUUCCAAUCAGAAUAUAUAUACACCUCAGUCUCAUCUUCGUAUAAUUUAGAAGGUGAGAAAUAUGAUCUAGUCUUCCAUUUUUUUAAGGCAAUGAAUAUUAUACACAGGCCAACAAAUACAACGUUGACUUACAUUCACGUUCAAUGAUAUAGAGUUAUUAUCCAUAAUUUUAUGUGUUGCAUAUAUGCAACAGAUACGUUACCCUAGGUAAAAAUUAAAUUAUGCAGCUUUGAAACAUUCAUGAAGUAAAAUGAACCUUAUUUUAUCCAUAACAAUUUUUUAUAAGCAUCCAUCCUCUAUAUCCGGCAGGAUUCCUCUAUAUUCUAUAGCACUCCUCUAAUCCGCAGGUAACUUUCAUCCGUAUCUAAAAUAAACUCUUCUUCUGGCAGUGGAUGCUCUAAUUUUGGUGCUGUGAUUAAAUGCUUCUUCAGGUUUCAAAGGCAGCUUGGCAGUCUCCAUCCCAGCAGUAAUCUCUUGCUUCCUCUGUAAGUCGCGUUAAUGGCUUAGCGAUAUCUGCAAAAUUCCUAAUCAACCUCCGAUAGUAACUACAUAGCCCCAGAAAACUUCUCACUUGAUGUUUGUCAGUCGGCUCUGGGCAUUCCUUAAUUGAAUCGAUUUUUCUCUUAUCCACGGUCACUCCUUCUUUGUUGACUAUAUGACCUAUAUAAUAUUGACUUUACUUUAAAAUAGCUGGCACUUCUUUGUGGUUAACAUCAAUUAGGUAGCUAAGUCGAUUAAAAACGUCUUCUAAAUUCUGCAGAUGGUUUUCAAAAGUCUCCCCCAAGACGAUUAUAUCGUCUAAAUACACUAGACUUGUUUUCCAAGAUAACACUUACACAUUUUUCAUAAGCCUUUCAAAUGUUACAGGAGCAUUAUAGAGUCCAAAUGGCAUAACGUUGAAUUGCCACAAUACAGAUCUUGUGGUGAUCUUCUCUUUAUCUACUGGGUCCAUAGCAUCACCUUUAUAAGGUGCACACAAUCAAAUAGUAAUAGUAAAUUUUAGCCUAGAAUUACCAAUUUAUGGAAACAAAAUGAUUACUGCAUAAAUCGUCAAAGUUUUUCACUAAACCUUUCAACUUGACUGCUUUCCCCGACAGAUUACAUUUUGUAUGUAUCGAAUGUAUGCAUAUGUGAAUAGUGUAUGAAUGUUCAUGUACAGAUAUGUGCCAAAGUAUAUUGCCAAUAAUCAUGUAGAUAUUUUAGUAUGUGUGACGUUCUUUCCUAUUUAUACGAUGUAACCAGCUUCUUCGAAUGACGAACUGCAAUGUAAACUCUGCACUUUUAUAUAUUCCUAACGUAGAUACAUUAUUUGUAAGUUGUCUUCAAGAAGUAUACGACUAUGAGAUCUUUUGUUACAAAAGCAGUUUUAAAUAUAUUAAAUUCUUUGUGGUUUUCAUACGCUUUUCUAGCUCGAGGCGCCUCAGUCGUUUCAAUAAAUAUAAUAAACCAAUAAUAAUAAACGAUGCUUUGUAAAGAAAGGAGGAAGGAAAGAAAGAUUUAGAUUAAAUUCGAUUCGGAGCCACCACCAUCGGCUGACCAAGGUUUCUGCUUUUCAGCAUCUUCAGAGCCGCCUGUUGUGUAUCCCGAAGCGAACUGAAUCCAGCCAGAGCCGGAUUUAAGGCAGUGGGAGCCCCUGGGCAGAAUUGGUGUGGGGCCCUACCUCCUACCAUUAAAAAUAAUCUGUGUUAUAUAGCCUACUACAGGGUUUUCCCUUUUAGAAAUAAAAAAAAAUGUUGAUUUACUUUUGUAAAAAUACAUUUUUAAAUAAUAAAAAAUACAAGAGCUGUAUCUUGUUACAGUAACAUAUUAAAAAUAAACAUAGUAAGAUGUAUGUCGGACAUGUCUAGUUGCUUUAACAUAUCGUGUUCAAUGCUCAUUAUAGAUAGAUGAUUCAAACGCUCUUGGCCCAUCGUAGACCGAAGUCGAUUUUUAAUUAGGUAACUUAAGUUUUGAGAAUGAUCUCUCUCCACUGCAGUUAGUUAGCAUCAGAACUAAAUAUAAACGAAGUGUCACCUCAACGUCUGGAAACGCAUCAUUCACAUUAUUUUCUUUUAGCAGUGGGUACAUUUGACGUUCUUUACUUAUUUGAUGAGCCGAUUUCCUCUUUAAAUGAAUUUAAAAAUUCUACAAAUUGUACCAGUUCGACACCUAGGUAUUCAUCUAAAUCAUAGCUGUAAAUGUCGGUAAGCUUCAGUGAGAGAGCUUCAAUUUCAUUGGGAGUUAAAUUUUACAAAUGAUGUAAAAAUCCAUAAUUGGAAUGAAUGGAUUCAUAUACAGAAGUCUCUGACUUAAAUAGGAAAUGAAGUGAUCUAUAAUAGUGAUAAAAUUUUAAGUCCUAAAUUUCUCUGAUGUUGCCAUUUCAGUAUCUGGAGAUGUUCCAGAAUCCAGUGGAGUCAGUCGAAUAUUCCUUAAAAGAAUAUAAAUUCUUUAAGUGAUCUAAGUGCCGCCAUACCUGAAUUAAGGGCAAUAUUUGGAUUUUGGAGAAUACGACUUUUGCUGUUUGUCCUAUCCAAGAUUUCAUUCCAAAAUCGCUACGAGUUUUAAAUUGUUGCUCAUCGUGUACUGAAAUUUUGGAUAAUGCUCCUUUAAUCUGAUUAUUACCUUUAACUAGCGCUUUCGCUGCAUCACUUCUAGAUGACCAUCUAGUAGUAUUUACUCUUUUAGGAGCAAUAAUAUUUCUGCCACGGUCGGCGUUGCUCUCGAGACCCAACUUUUAAACAUUCGAUUAACAAGUUGUAUCUAUGUAUAUGUAGAGGAAGUGAAAAAUACAUAUUGUUCUUCUAAUAAAUCAAAGAAUGCUAUGGCAGCAGGACAACACUCAGCUGCAGCUUUUGCAACUAAAUUUAGAGAGUGGGCGGCACACGGAAUCCACAACGCCAAGAUAUUAUGUUCUCUAAUUUUAGCCCGAACACCAUUUUAUUUUCCAUAACUGACGCGUUGUCGUAGGACUGUCCCCUGCAGUUUUUCAAAUCGAUGUCAUGUUCUUGCAAGAAUGUCAUUAGAUAAUUAAAUAAUAUAUCUUCUGCUCUAUAACCGUGAUUUGGGAAAAAUUUGAGAAAUAUCAUAGUUAAUUGGUUAUUAAAAAUUUUUCUAUGUGAAUAAUGUGCUGAUUUUUUACGUUUGACGUUUUGUGGGGCCCCCGGAAUGUGGGGGCCCCUGGCAGCUGCCCAGCCUCCCCCUUAAAUCCGGCCCUGAAUCCAGCUGUCGAGCUAUGCAUAUUAAUAAAAUAUUAAAUGCGUACGGACGCGGCUUAACACUGAUGAUGGAUUACCUAUUAAUCCGAAAACGUUUUGUUUUGUGAUGUAACCCUUAUUGGGGUAUUUUAAAUAUACCUUUUACAAAGAAUCUUGUAUUUUUUUAUUCUUUUUUCUAUUUGGUGUCCAUUCGUUUAUACACUGUACGUUAUAUUUUCUUCUGUCUUCGCUCCUCUUUCGAUCUCUCAGAGAAUUCCCUGUAAUUAUUCGUAGUACUCUCAUCACCGCUGUUUCCAGUAGUCUUUGUGUUGUGGCUGUAUCUGUAUCGGGUCUUGUUUCUGAUGCAUGUAUCAUUAUUAUUGGUCUUGCACUGGCUUUAUAAAUUCUUUGCUUCAUCUCAGUGUUAAUAUGUCGGUUUCGUCAUAUGGUAUUAUUAAGGCAUCCUGUUAGCUUUUUGUACUUGAUUUGUCGCUUCCUUGACCAGGUUUCCGUAGCUGGAAACUGCAAUUCCAAGGUAUUUUAUUUCCAUUACUUUUUCAAAUUUUUUUUUGUAUCUAAUUGGUUCUUUACUGGUUACUAUUGCUUUAGUUUUCUGAGAUAAAAUUGACAUAUUGAAGUCUUUUGUUCUUUUGUUAAAUCUGUGGACUAAUCUUUGCAGACUAUCUUCAUCUUGGGCUAUCAAUAUUGCGUCGUCUGCGUAGCAGAGUAUUUUUACUUCUUUGUUUCCCAUUCUAUAUCCUCUUCCUUUGUUGACGUUUUUGAUGACGUUGACGUCCAUGAUUAAAUUGAAGAGCACAUGCCUCACUGAGGUUCCCUGUCUUAUUUCGCUGCCUAUAUCUAUAGGUUCUGUAAGUUGUCCAUCUAUUCUGACUUCCAUUUUGUUGUUUUGGUCAUAAAACGUUAAAUUUAUAAUAAAUUCACAUAGUCGUAUACUAAAUCGUUUAUACAAGAAGUCGUUUAUACAAGAAAUCUUCCUCGAAUGUAAUUGAUUUAUUUGUACAUAUAUAAAUCCACGUUUUAUAAGUUCUUAUAAUUGUCAUAGGAUUAACAGUAUCUUUAAGUGUAUAAAAUAGUACCUAUGUGGAUACAGAAUUUGUAAAUUGACGCUUGUAGGUUAAGUUGAAAUAUUCAGGUUGACCAGCGAAAAAGAGAUUUUUAUACUUAGGUACAGCUGGUUCCAAAAAAAAACUGAUACGACUCUUAAAGUGUAUUUUGUAGAAAAUUGAGCAGUGUAUUUUGAAGGAUAAAUACUUAUUUACAUACUGUCACUGUCACUGCCAAAUCUUAAAAUUUGUCAGAUAACUUAUUCUGUUCAACCUCAAAAAAUGGCUCCACAUGCUGGCAAAGAACUAAAAUCAAGAAUUGUAACGAAAUUAUAGAAGAUGGUUGGUCACUAUCUGCCGUAGCGAACCAUUUUAACAUAAGCAGAACAACCGUUUUUAAUAUUAAUAAAAGAUGUAGAGAACAAGAAACUCUCGAAGGAAAGCAAGGUUUGGGAAGAGCUCUCUGAAAAAGACAAUUUCAUAGUUCCUUUCACGCAUAUGGACCGAAGACUACAAGCUGUUAUCACUGCUGAUGGAGAUAUUAAAAAAUAUUAAUUUUAUUUUUGCAUGCCUAAAUUUAGUAUAGUUUUGGUCUUCCAGACCCUCGCUUUUUAUGUAAUCAAUUAUUGUUUGUUUGUUUAUUUUAACUGACUUUGACAGUUUGUCAUAAUAAAUAUAAUAAUGUCAUACCAAUCAAAUAAUACCUACUCAAAAUAAUCAAAUCUUACUGAGUCGUAUCAGUUUUUUAGGAACCAGCUGUACAUAAAAAUAGUUUUUAUUUUAUUAAUUAAAAUUUUUCAACACUAUCAUUUGAUUGCUCAUUACCUUUCAAUGUGGGGACAAGAUUAUAAUUGGGACUAUUCAGAAAAAGCUAACAGUAAGAUAACAAUCGAAAAAAAAAACAUGAAAAAUGUAACUUAGCUAAUAUUGACAUUCAUUGAAGAAGAACUCAAAUGUAUUAACGAAAAAUCUAUUAUAAAUAGAAUAAAUUGGGAAAAUGAAAAACGAAAAGUGUUGAGAAAGGCGAAAAACAGAAUUAUAAAUCAUAAGAACCAAAAGGAGAGAUAAAAUAUAAAAUGGAAGGUAAAAACUUACGGAUAAUACCAUAUGAUAAUACCAUAAUAAAAUAACGAGCGAUCCACAAUUAUUGGGAUCAAAGCUAUCCGUGCAAAAAAUUACGAUGUCUUGUUUUAAUCAGAAAGACCGCCGGAGUGUGACGUCACGGCCAACUGCGGCUAUAUUCAGUAUUGUUAUGAUCACUGUUCCAAACAAAGAAUAAAUAUUGAAAACACGUUGAAAAGAUACCCAAUCUCAAGACCUUUUAAUUCGUAUAAAGUUAAAAUUUUGCUUCCCCUGCUAUUUUUUAUGUUCAAUUAUAGUGUUUUUUAAGUUGGCGUACGUACAGUGACAAGUAUCUGUCAACGUUGACGUAAACUGGAAAGUAUAUCUGAAUUAAUAAUAGACAUGCAUUGUAUAGCUAUCUCUGUCAUUCAGAGCCACCUAUGGUGACAAUAAUUUUGGAUCACACGUUAUAUUCUAAAAGGGCAGGCGAAAAAUUUCGGCUCCAUUGCUUUUUAAAUGCAUUCAUUUUUUUCGAAUCCUGAGAUAAUUUGAAAAAUUAAAACGCAGAAUGAAAGAUUACGAUAUUACCGAGGGCCGAAAAUCCCUGAACACUUCUAUGUUAUUUUAACAAGUUACAGGGGUAAAAAAAAGAAAAUUUAGUUUGAUUUUAAUUUCAAAUACUUCAUUCAAAAGAAACUUUUUGUUUAUUCUAAGGGAGUCUUUCAUUCUGCGUUUAAAUUUUUCAGAAAAAUUUAUUAGUUUUUUCAGGAUUCGAAAAAAAAUGAAUGCAUUUAAAAAGCACUGGAGCCGAAAAUUUGCGCCUAUGCCCUUAAAUAAAUUAAGUUUAUUUAGCAGGUCAAAAUUAAUUUGAGAAUAAAACCAAAUAAAUCGCAAAAAUUUUGCUGUGCAACCUGUUUAUAUAAAUACUUCAUAUUAUAAUAAGUUCUUACGUGUAACUAUUUAGGUUAUUUCUUAUUUUUGUUAAUAUAUUGAGUAUCUAAUUUUCUAUACUUUUAACUUAAUCGUAUUUGUACAAAAUAUUUACUAUUAGAAUGUCCAUAUAAUUAUUACUUUUUAAA